GCGCCGAACUCCAGUUUCCAAAGUUUAGAGUGAUGCUAAGGUUAGCCGAUGGACGGCAGUGAGUCUCUGUCCUCAUUAACGGCGCACAGAUGGAUGACAUCAAUGUUUUACACCACAGAUGCCUUCUCAAUUUGAGGCGUAGAAUUCGAGACAUAGGAGAUGGUCGCCCAGCACAAGAUCGAUGCAUGAGGUUGCAGAAGGAUGGAGACACACUUAGUUACCAAGGGAACUCCGAGGAAGUGGGUUGCUAUGUGGCUGGCCAUCCUUUAUCAAAGGGAAAUUGCUACUUUGAGGUAACAAUAGUGGACACAGGAGUGAGGGGAACCAUCGCGGUGGGCCUGGUGCCUAAAUUCUACAGGCUGGACCACCAGCCUGGCUGGCUGCCAUACUCUGUAGCUUACCAUGCUGACAACGGCAAGUUGUAUAAUGGUAACCCUGUUGGAAAGCAGUUUGGGCCAAAAUGCGCUCGUGGUGACCGCAUUGGCUGCGGCAUACACUCAGAAAACACAGAAGCUGGUCUUACUACUGUUUUCUUCACCAAAAAUGGCAGCGAGGUGGGUUCAAUAGAGGUUCCUGUGUCGUCUGAGGGCCUUUACCCGGCUGUAGGUAUGCACUCCAUGGGGGAGGAGGUGAAGGUUGACCUGCGGGCGGAGUGGCUCUUAGAGGAGGAUGAUACCAUGAUGAUGGUUGACAGCCAUGAAGAUGACUGGGGACGGCUCCAUGAUGUCAGAGUCAGCGGCAUGCUCCUGGAAUAUGUUGGCAAAGGAAAGAGCAUCAUGGACGUUGGUUUGGCUCAGGCCCGCCAGCCGCUCUCCACCCGCUGCCACUACUAUGAAGUGGAGAUAGUUGAUGCUGGGGAGAAGUGCUACAUCGCCUUGGGCUUGGCAAGAAGGGAUUAUCCCAAGAACAGACACCCUGGGUGGAGCCGAGGGUCCGUCGCCUAUCAUGCAGAUGAUGGGAAGAUCUUCUAUGGCAUCGGAGUUGGAGACGCUUUUGGGCCCCGCUGCUUCAAAGGGGACAUCAUGGGGUGCGGCAUCAUGUUCCCACGUGAUUACAGCCUGGACGGAGACGGUUCAGACUUGGGUCAGCUUGAGGGCCAACCCAGUCAAGAUGGCGUCCAGAACGUUAUGUAUCUUAAUGGUGAAGACGAGGAAGAAGAGGAAGGGGACGAAGUCGCUCAGGAACAGCAGGGAAGGAAGGUGACGGUGUUUUUCACCAGGAACGGGAAGCUGAUGGGUCGACGGGAGAUGGCUGUCCCCCCUGGUGGUCUGUAUCCCACCGUGGGGAUGCUGAGCAGCGGUGAGAAAGUCAAGGUGGACCUGCAUCCUCUCAGCGGAUGAAGCGAGAGGUUAUAGGGCAGAGCACGCACCAUCCAGCUGCACACACGCACGUCUUCCUCUGCACUGCACCAGAUUUUAUUUAUAAAACUAGUAAUCGCAGUAAGAACAAACCACAAGCUCUGGCAGCAACGAUUACUUCUAUGCAAUCUGCUCUACUACCAUCCUCCUCCUUCUGCAUGCACUUUGUCUCUGAAACAUUGAGCUGGUAAAUGCUCUCAUCUGGACUCGCUUUUUCCAUUGGUCACGACCCCGAGCAAAGCGGAGAGAGGCCAACGUCAGUUUGUUUCAGGGAACAGGACUCCCUCCCUCUGGGCGAUCAGGGACCUCACAUGCUGCUCUCCCAGAGCCAGAAGUGGAGCUGCUCCGUUUCCUCAUAGCUGCAUCGUCCUCCUUAAAUCAGUAUUGUGAGACAAACCAAGCGUUCGGCGCGUCUGCUGAGACGAGCUCAAUUUGCAGCCAAAAUCCAGAUAAAAACGGGUCAGCAAACAUUUUAUACAUGUCAUUUUUGAAAAACAAAUAUUUAAGUGAAUUUAUCUCAUUCAGGGAAUAUUUGUGUGUUUUAGCACUAUGAUAGAUAAACUUUGGCUUUAUUUUCUGGAUCCAAACUGUGAGCAAAGGUAGAAACUUUAACCCUCUCUAGGCAGGUGUUGCAGAUUUGCAACAAGUUAGCCAGUCUUUUCAAGUAAUUUGAGCCUGAGAGGGACCAGUCCACUAUUGACUGGUCCCAAUUUAUGCAAUCCACAUAAAAAAGUGUAAAUAAAUGACCUAAUGUUUGGAAAAAAAGAUUUCAAUCUGCUCAGUUUUAUCUCCAACUGCAGUCCUGAGAAUUGCUAUCCACCAACCUCCAGAUGACCAUUCACCUCUGCAGGGACCUGAUAACAACACAUUCCUGGACUUCAGGUGUUUUGGAGAAGGAAUGAAUCUAAACGUUGCAGAAUCGUAGCUCUCAGGACCGGAUCUAGACACCCAGCUUAAUGUGAAAAAGAUGCUGCAUGAUGUUUGUUGUUGCAUGGUUCCCUGCAUUUCACUGAAGGGUGACAAGAACAAUUCUGCAUCACAGAGUUCAGGCUGAUAUUUCCCUUUAAAUGCUGCCAGAUUUCUGCAUUGAGCUGUUGAGUCUGUUUUCGUUCUCAAAUUAUUAAAGUUUGACGAAACAAGACAGGUCAGCGAUAUUAAAGUUUAUUAAUUAACUAACAAGAGUCUCGGAAGAAAACUCCUGGUUACUCAUCACCGGAUUGGUCACACUCUGAUGCCCAAAAGUAUUAAUAGCCUGGCAUAUAUUGAUGAAAAACUAUUUUGAAGUGGCACAAGCAUCUCUCAAAAAAUAAUAGGACAAUGUAUAAGUGUGUCAUAAAUAUAUAUAUUUAUAUUUUAAAGCUGCAAUAUGUAACUUGUUGAAACUGUUACUCUGUCGUAACAGUAUCACAUGAGAUAGAUAAUCUGUGAAAAAUCGAUCUCAUUUGCCUUGUCUCAGUGUUAACCAGAAACAACCAAUCAGAGCCAGGAGGCGGGUCUCAGCGCUGUCAAUCAUCCUCCAUGUGGCACUGCUAGAAGCUAGCAGAGCCCUUUGUGAAUGCUAAAGCUAGUGAACGUGGCAGGUAAAUGGUUUUUCUGUAAUGGUGGGUUGGGUUUAGCAGUGAUUACAUGAAGUUGAUUAGCAGAGCCAGGACCCUCCUCUUUGCUCUGAUUGGUUGCUUUUGGUCAGGAGCGAAUCAUUUCUUAAACAGAAGCUUAAACCUAAAUCACUUCACAAAUUUAGCCAACAAAAAUCAAUCAGAUCAAUGGAUAGUAAAGGCAGGGAGGCAUCCUGGGUCGUAGGAAACAAGCAGCAUCAGCAGCGUGAGGUGAACUGAAGACUGGCUUUCUGGUUCUGAGACAUUUAAAAGAGGACACCGACUCUGCUGACCCGAUUACGUCAGGCAGCUUCAGGCAAAGUUCAGCGGCUGCAGCCACAGUCGACCCGCUAGUCGGAGAACGGUGAACCGCACUCAAAAAAUCAGUUCUGAGUGGAAAAAGUCUCCCAUAAUGUGGUGUUUAAUUCUCAGGUUCUGCUGGGUCGAAUCUGAACGCUGUGAUGCGGAAUCCAACAUCAGCAAAAGCUUUGUGAUGAGUCUGGUGGAGCUGGUUUCCACAUAACUUUAUAGAACCUGAAAAUAAUCGAAUCUGUAAAAUUAUACCAACCUGGCCUGUCAUAACAAAUUUUACUGGACGAUAAAUUACCCAGAAGAUAUCGUAAUAAACGAUAAUAUUGUUGUUUUGAGACCAUGUUCAAGUAAUAUUAUGGUAAUAAUGGACUAAUAAUUCCAGAACCCAUUUUAAAAAAUAAAUAAAUCUAGUGAACAUUUAACACUGGAACUGGGAGACAUUUUACAUUUCCAAAAUAAAGAAAACAACAAAAACAACAAAUAAAAUGAAUUAUGAAGGUUCUGUUUUGGUCUCAAUUAUCCCUUUUUCUGAAGUUUUGUUUACAGACUUUUAUCCUCCAGUUUACGGUAAAUUAAAAAGUUUAAUUUAUAAUGCGAUAAAAUGGUUUAUUGCUUAUUGUAACAGGCCUAUUGUCUUCUCUAAACUCUAAACAGAGUUCAUGACACAAACCAACACAAAACUGUGAAGUGGAAGUGAAAUACAGUUUUUUAAAUUCAGUUUUUACAUGGAAAAUGUUGGCAUGUAUUUGUAUUAAACCCCUGUUGCUCUGAUACCAUGAAGAAGAUCAAACAGUGUUCCUGUUUGCACUUCAAAACAAGCAUUCAGAUCAGAACUAAAAUACAAAUUUAUAAAAAUCAAAAGUAUUUAAAAAUCAAACACAGAAAAACUAAUUUAUCUCCAUAUUUACACAUUUUUUAAUUAAAAUGAAAUGUAUAUGCCAAUAGUCUGACUGAGAUGAGCAGAGCUAAUAGAAACACAUAUGCAUGCCACACUUUUCAGAUUAAAAGUCACCAGAAAUAUAACCAAGGUUCCUUUUUCUUUCACUUUGCAGUUAUGCACUUUGUUUAGGUUCAUCCCAUAAAAUACCAAUGAAAACAUUUUAUUUUGUAACGUCACGAAACGUACAAAACAUUCAUGGGGUGUGAAUACUUUUGUAAAACGUGACGUAAAGCUUCUGCACAGCAUAACUUUGAAAUCACAUCUGCUGGCAUCUCAGUUUCUAGCUGCUAUGUUUUUAUUUUCUGGAAAAAUAGAAUAUAUUCAGCUUGAAUCAAAAAAAAAAAAAAAACUGGAAAUAAAAGAAAAUGUUGCUCAGAUUGGAGCCAAACAUGAUUUUAAUUCAUUUUCCAAAUGCAGUCGUUCCUGUUGUAAAGUUCUGACUUGUUCAAUUGCACUAUGAUAUCCUGAUUCACAUGCUCAUCAAUAAAUGUUUUAUUAAUGUUAAA